CGGUACCGACGUUGGAACCUGUACGAAGUUUUUAUCCAAUAAAAAUCCCCCAAGUGUAUCAACAUGUACUUUUCGCAUUGGCUGGAACAGAAAAGAAAAUUGAGUCAUUUGGUAACGCGCCUCUUCACGAUUCUAUCGCCACAAAAAGUCUUCACCAUUAAAUAGUUCUCUCAGAGCUUCCACCGUUAAUUUCGCUUUUCUAUUUCCUUCAUCAAUUUAGCUUCUUCUCUCGUUUGCUUUUCCUCUUCAAUUUUCCCCAAAUUAUCCAGUCUUUCAAAUAAUUCUUUCUUCUGCUGAUCGAAUCAGAGCUGUUGGUUCGAUCUCUGGCUAUUGAUAACCUUAUGCCGCCGGAGAUCGAACAAGUCGCCGAGAAUGCCUUAUUCGGCAAAUAUGAGCUCGGCAAGCUUCUCGGAUGCGGUGCGUUUGCCAAGGUUUACCACGCAAGAAAUCUCCGAACUGGGCAAAGCGUAGCCAUUAAAAUCAUCAACAAGAAGAAAAUCGCUAACCCUACAUUAAUGUCUAAUAUCAAGCGCGAGAUCUCCAUUAUGCGCAGGCUUAACCAUCCUCACAUCGUCAAGCUCUAUGAGGUUUUAGCCUCCAAGACCAAGAUUUAUUUUGUUAUGGAGUUUGUCAAAGGUGGAGAGUUGUUUGCCAAAGUCGCUAAAGGACGCUUCAGUGAGGAUCUCAGCCGUAAAUAUUUUCAGCAGUUGAUCUCCGCCGUCGGUUAUUGCCACGCUCGCGGCGUCUUUCAUCGAGAUUUGAAGCCUGAAAAUCUUCUCCUCGACGAAAAUGGGAAUUUGAAGGUUUCGGAUUUUGGACUCAGUGCUGUAACUGAUCAGAUCCCACCCGAUGGACUUCUGCAUACUCUUUGUGGGACUCCGGCAUAUGUUGCGCCUGAGAUUUUAGCGAAGAAAGGUUAUGAUGGUGCUAAGGUUGAUGUAUGGUCAUGCGGUGUCAUUUUGUUUGUUUUAACGGCCGGUUAUUUGCCGUUUAACGAUCCGAAUCUCAUGGUCAUGUAUAAGAAAAUCUACAAGGGCGAAUUUCGGUGUCCGAGAUGGAUGUCUCAGGAUCUGAAACGGUUGUUAUCUCGGCUUCUCGACACGAAUCCCCAGACGAGAAUAACGGUCGAUGAGAUCUUGAGAGACCCAUGGUUUAGGAGAGGAGGAUUCAAGGAAAUCAAGUUCUACGAUGAGUAUUAUUGCGGACUUGACGAUACCGAUAAGGCCGAUAAACAAGAACCGGAUAUCACGAAUUUGAACGCAUUCGACAUCAUUUCGUUCUCGUCCGGUUUGGAUUUGUCCGGGUUGUUCGAUGACUCGUACAACGCGGUGGAGGACGGCGAGCGGUUCGUGUCUUCUGAGUCACCAGAAAAAUUGGUCCAGAAAAUCGAGGAGUUUGCCAAGGCCGAGAGGCUGAGGACUAAGAGAAAGAAAGAGUGGGCCUUCGAGAUUGAAGGGCGAAAUGGUAAUUUCGCUCUGGAGGUUGAAGUUUACAGGUUAACGGACGAUCUGGUAGUUGUGGAGGCUAGAAGGAGAGGUGGUGAAGCUGGAUGCUUUAAACAGAUGUGGAAGUACAAGCUUAAGCCUGAACUCAGUGGCUUAACUGUUAGUCAACCGGAAAGUCAGGUCGUCGGUAACUGAAAAACGUAGUGUGUGUAUAUAUAUAUAUAUAUAUAUAUAUAGCCGGAGAAGAAUGAAUUCCGGCACUUGUUUGUAAUACCUUAAUUUUGGAUUUAAAAAAAAUUAAAAAAUUUAAUUAAAAAAAAAAGGUGUAUUAUCGUGUGCGUCUGUUUGUGGUAUUUAAUUGGAAUAAAAAUCACCUGCUGAGCAGGUGAUGGUUUUUUUUUU